AUGCCUCUUCUCCCAAAAAAGUUCCCGGCCCUCGUUGCCAAACCAAUUGCUCCAUUCUUCGUCGCCGCAUUGGUCGUUGGAUACGGAAUCAACUCUCUCCAGAAUGCCAUGAUGAACUCCGAGGAAUUCAAAAACGAUCCCCGAAACCCCAACGCUGGCAAGCAGAGCGGAAAACACUAA